AUGACUCACCCCCCUGGCGACCUCACUCUACAGACCUCAGGUACAGCUCCUCCUGUCCUCCUGUCAAACAGAGCCACUACCCCUCCCUACCGGGAAGAGGCUCAAGGAGCCCCCGAGGAGCUUAUCACCACACCUACACACCUGACGGACACCGCGGCCACGACCCACCGCCCCAGCAACCCCACCUUAAAGACCUCAGAUCAGUUCAACACGUGGAGGCCAGCACAGCACAAACCUGUCUCCACGUCCCAGGCUAAUCACUGCUGCUGGAGUGAGGGCCUGAGGCUGGUGCUGUGCUCGGCACUGUCCUCACAGCCUCUGCCUUCAGGACUCCCCGGUGCAUCGCUGGCCCUGGGCCACGGCCGGAGCCUCCUGCAAGACCUGCCAGCGCCUCGCAGCAGAAGCACUGGUGCCCUGGAGGCUGCAUGGCCGGGCAGGUCCAGCGCCUCGCAGCAGAAGCACUGGUGCCCUGGAGGCUGCGUGGCCGGGCAGGACCAGCAGCAGCAGGCUGCCACUGCUAGCCCCUGCAACCCACUUCUACCAGUCUCCUUCAGUCCAGCCCACUUCUACCAGUCUCCUCCAGUCCAGCCCACUUCUACCAGUCUCCUCCAGCCCAGCCCACUUCUACCAGUCUCCUCCAGCCCAGCCCACUUCUACCAGUCUCCUCCAGCCCAGCUCACUUCUACCAGUCUCCUCCAGCCCAGGCCACUUUUACCAGUCUCCUCCAGUCCAGCCCACUUCUACCAGUCUCCUCCAUCUCAGCUCACUUCUACCAGUCUCCUCCAUCCCAGUCCACUUCUACCAGUCUCCUCCAGCCCAACCCACUUCUACCAGUCUCCUCCAGCCCAGCCCACUUCUACCAGUCUCCUCCAGCCCAGCCCACGCCUAUCAGUCUCCUGCAGCCCAGCCCACGCCUACCAGUCUCCUGCAGCCCAGCCCACGCCUACCAGUCUCCUGCAGCCCAGCCCACUUCUACCAGUUUCCUCCAGCCCAGCCCACUUCUACCAGUUUCCUCCAGCCCAGCCCACUGCUACCAGUCUCCUCCAGCCCAGCCCACUGCUACCAGUCUCCUCCAGCCCAGCCCACUGCUACCAGUCUCCUCCAGCCCAGCCCACUGCUACCAGUCUCCUCCAGCCCAGCCCACUUCUACCAGUCUCCUCCAGCCCAGCCCACUGCUACCAGUCUCCUCCAGCCCAGCCCACUUCUACCAGUCUCCUCCAGCCCAACCCACUUCUACCAGUUUCCUCCAGCCCAACCCACUUCUACCAGUCUCCUCCAGCCCAGCCCACUUCUACCAGUCUCCUCCAGCCCAGCCCACUUCUACCAGCCUUCUCCAGUCCAGCCCACUUCUACCAGUCUCCUCCAGCCCAGCCCACUUCUACCAGCCUCCUCCAGUCCAGCCCACUUCUACCAGUCUCCUCCAGCCCACCCCACUUCUCCCAGUCUCCUCCAGCCCCGUGACGCCCCUCCCGUAAGACUCGAGGGUUGCCCUGCUCCUGGGUUCCUGAGCUGCCUUGUCUAAGUCCAAAGACUCUCCAUGUUUGUGAGUUUUU